GGACAGAAAGAUAGUUUCCUCUUAAAUAAAUAUUGCGAAAAUGGACGACGAUGAUGACUUCGGUGCCGACGCAGAUUUUUUAUCUGCUUUGGCCUCCUCUACUGCUGGAAGUAACUCUAGUCAAGCCCUAUCCCAACCUACCACGAACCGUGUUCAGCAACCCGCUCCUCAAAGAAUCCAACAGCCAACUCCCCAGAGGAUACAGCAGCCGACGCCUCAACGUUUAGACAAACCACCACCGAUUUCUAACUCAUCCGCGCCUAAGAUUGUCCAACCGACACCUCAAGCUCUCCCACAGCGCUCAUCCGGUUCUUCAAUUCUAGUAUCCCCGCGCCAAAAAGGGAACCCCGUACUAGCAUCCCUACGUUCCGUGGCAUGGGAGUACAGUGAUAUUCCAGCUGAUUAUGGGCUAGGGUUAACAACAUGUGCCCUGUUUCUAAGCCUCAAGUAUCAUCGGUUACAUCCCGAAUACAUUUAUACCCGAAUUCGUAAUCUACAGGGAAAAUACAAUCUGCGCAUCCUCUUAACUAUGGUCGAUAUACCCAAUCACGAAGAUUCCUUGCGCGAGCUCUCUAAGACCUCAUUAAUCAACAACGUCACCAUCAUUCUUUGCUGGUCCGCUGCCGAGGCCGCGAGAUACCUCGAAUUAUACAAAUCCUACGAGCACGCGAGUUUUGGCGCUAUUAAGGGGCAGCAAGCUACGAGUUACGCCGAGAAGCUUGUCGAGUUCGUCACGGUGCCUAGAGGAAUCAACAAAGCCGAUGCUAUUUCUCUUGUCAGCGCAUUUGGUAGUUUGAAGAACGCAAUCAAUGCCGAUCCCGAGCAGGUUGCCGUUAUUGGCGGCUGGGGAGAGAAGAAAGUCAAGAGAUGGUGUAGCGUUGUGGAAGAGCCGUUCCGAGUUCAACACGCAGCAAAGAGACGCCUUGUUGACGAGAGCAAUAGCGCUGCCGACAAAGCUAUUCCGUUGAGCCGAGUGCCACUGAGAGACAUGCCUCGUGUACCAGCAAAUCUGUCUCGAAGCAGUGCUACUACAGAACCACAAGGUGAACCACCCUCGGAGCCUAAGCAGGACCACCAAAGUCGAGAUGCUGCUAUAGAUGAGUAUGAUGAGGAAGCAAUGCUGGCGGCGGCCAUUGAAGAAUCCAAGAAGACAAUGGUGCAGGAACAGCCGUCCAGCUCGACUUCAAAAGCACGCGAGGAAGACAAACUGAGCGAUGGAAUAGCCGCGGCACUCGCAAAGCUCAGGGAUAAGGGAUAAGGUACGAUGAUGAUACCUGCCUAGUUUAGGUAGGCUAGGCCUAACACUCGGAGCGUCCCGAGCAGUGCUACCUCUUAGAUGCGAAGGUACGACUUGAAUAGCCUAGCAGAAAACUAUGGCGUUCAUGAGAAGGUAUCACAGUAAGGAAGAAGCAUGUGGUUCACGAUGCAUAUUCCCAUAUGAUCUCGGUCAGGUCAUAUAUCUUCUAGUGUAACCAAUCACCUUGAAGUCCGGAGCUAUAUACACUAAUAACGCAAGGCGCUAGUGGGGGUCUGCUUGGCGGAUUUCCCCAGGGAAUCUUGGUCGAGGCGGUCUAGCUGUAGGUAUGUAAUUCAGGUUUGUCUUUAGCUUGGGAGAUCCUCGUAGGAAUUAUGGGAAUUAUGCACAUAUGCAUAGAGGUACCUAGGUAGAUUCCGCGGACAAUUUCUCAAAGAUCCCUUGGAUAUUCUCCGGAAAUAUGCUAGAUAUUCCUUAUCGGGAUUUAAAAAAUAUGGCGUCGUGGAAUAGCCCCUCGCAGCGGCAGAUCCAGGGUUAAAUUAUCACGAGUAACACGUCAAGUCAACCACGAAUCGGAUCAGAAAAGGCCCUGCAUCAAAACUAUAAUAUAUCUAGACAUAUGUUGGCUCACCUCUAA